AUGUCGGCACCAAGUGCGCGCCACUGGGAACAGAACAAGGAGGCUACCGUAUACGUCGGCAACCUCCAUGAGCGCGUUACUCCCCGUAUCCUCCACGAGCUGAUGCUCAACGCCGGCCGCGUACGAAACGUCAACAUGCCGGUCGACCGUGUCAACAGCCAGCACCAGGGCUUCGGCUUCGUCGAGUUCCACACGGAGGCUGAGGCCGACUAUGCGCCCAAGAUCAUGAACAACGUCGGCCUCUACGGCAGCCGGAUUCGUGUGAACAAGGCAUCAGCAGACAAGCAGAAGAACGUGGAGAUUGGCGCCGAGCUGUUCGUCGGUAACCUGGACACCAUGAUUGACGAGAAGACACUCUACGACACAUUCGGCCAGUUCGGGCCUCUCACAGUGGCACCCAAGAUCGCGCGCGACGAACACGGCCUGUCCAAGGGCUACGGCUUCAUCUCCUUCGGCGACUUCGACUCCUCCGAUGCAGCUAUCGCCAGCAUGCACGGCCAGUACAUGAUGAGCAAGCAGAUCUCGGUCCAGUACGCGUACAAGAAGGACGGAAAGGGCGAGCGCCACGGAGACGAGGCAGAACGCAUGCUCGCGAAACAGGCCAAGGCGCACGGUGUUGCGCCUGCUGUCCAGCCUUUGCCAGCACACCUGUUCCAGGCAGCGACACCGAUGGUACCACCAGGUGGCCCUCCCAUGGGUCAGAUGCCAGAUCCUCGGAUGGGCAUGGCUGGCACGCCGAACGGACCCGGUGGAUACGGGCGACCUCCACCUAUGGCUCCGGGAGCUCCUCCCGUUCUCGCACCACCACCUGCUGGGUUGCCGGCACGCCCUCCAAGCGGAGCUCCUGCGAACUUCUACCCUCCGCCUCCUGGCUUUCCAGGCGCUCCGCCACCUGGUGCGCCUCCAGGUUUCGGUCCACCAGGCUUUGGGCCGAGAUGA